GGUGGCGCCAUCAUUUAGACCCGAACACGUUGGCUGUGUUGGACUGUUUCUCUGGUACCGUGCGGCGUCCGAAUGAAGCGCCGUCGGUCCCGAGCGGCAGGACGUGGCGCUUCCCCCCUUCUUCAUGCGGACAGCAGGGUAGCCGGUUAGCUGGUUUUAAUGGAGUCAGCAUGCGGCUAUGCAACGCACACUUUCCAAUAAGGAGGAUCGGUCAGAAAAUAAGCGCGGACACAGCGCUAUAGUAUGUACGCAUGACUUACAAUGACAUUACUGCAAACAGCACAGUCUGCCUCAGUGCUGCUCCCGUGUGAUUUUCAUUAGCUACUCAUUUUAUUGCUUCGAUUUACUGGCUCUUCUCACGAUGAGUGCUCAGCGAGUGGAUGCCAAGGUGGUCAUGCUAGGUAAGGAGUAUGUUGGGAAAACAAGUCUAGUGGAAAGGUUUGCACACAACCGAUUCUUCUUUGGCCCGUAUCAAAAUACUAUUGGAGCAGCAUUUGUUGCCAGACAGAUUCAGAUGGGAGAUAAAGUAUUGACUCUUGGAAUCUGGGACACAGCUGGAUCAGAACGUUACGAAGCCAUGAGUAGAAUUUACUACCGGGGAGCUAAAGGUGCUAUUGUAUGUUACGAUUUGACUGACAGAAGCAGUUUUUUACGUGUGAAGUUUUGGGUAGAGGAGCUGCAAAAGUGUGAAGAACACUGCAAGAUCUACCUGUGCGGAACAAAAAGUGACCUCAUUGAAACAGACCGCACCAUGCGACAAAUGGACUACCAUGAUGUACAGGAUUAUGCCGAAGAAAUUAAGGCUGAGCUGUUUGAGACAUCCAGUAAAACCGGGAAAAAUGUCGAUGAACUCUUUCAGAAAGUAGCAGAAGACAUCUAUAACAGCACCACCUUCCAGCUCAUGACAGAGGAAAAAGGAGUGGAUCUGGGACAGACAAACAACUCCUAUUUUUACUCUUGCUGCCACAAUUGACGAUGGGCAUUACGCAAUUGGAAAUGAUCAUCUAACGUAGGAUUCUGGGAAGAAAAAGAGGUUUGGGUGCUUGGUGCUCAGAGGCCAAUUGAACAGAAGCUACACAGCAACCAAACACUGACGCUGCUGAGAGACUCUUGACCUGAAACCUGGUUACAAGUCUUCAUCUUAGUGAGAUUACUGCUUAUAUUAUCUUCUCUUCGAUCUGAUUCUUAUGCCAUUUUUUUUGCUCGAUUUUUCUUUUGUUUUUUAUUCACCGUCUGUUUCUGAAUGUUGAAGCUGAAUGCUUCAUGGUUAAAACUGCUUUUUCAAAUAUCUGGAAUUUUUUCAAGAACUGGUUUGUAGUUUGAUUGUUGUUUUUAUAAACGUGCCUCUCAUCUCCACUCCUGUAUGCUGUUUUCUUGGGCAGGAUGCAGAAGUGGGCUGGCAGUGGAAUUUGCAUGUUCUCCCCAUGUUGUUCUCUCUCUGCUGUGCCCUGCGACGGGUUGGAGCCCCAUCCUGGGUUUUUCCCUGCCUUGUGCCCAUAGGCUCCGGACCCCCGCCACCCUGAAUAGGACAAACAGUUACAGAAACUGGAUAGAUGGAUGGAUGGAUGGAUGGAUGGAUACCGAGGCAUAGUUGUGGCUGGACGGGGUCCAGUAGGAGGGGUUAGAGGUCAUACCCCUGCUAUUUGCUGUUCUUCUUUCCUCUUCUGAACACAUCCUUCAGCGUUCACUUCAGCAGUUGAGUUUGAAGCGAUGGGGAUGAGAGUCCAUGUCUCCGAUUCCAUGGCGCUCUCUCAGAAAUGGGCGGAUUGUUCUUUCCGGGUGCUGAGGGAGAGUGUGCCCUUAGUGAAGGAGUUUAAGUUCAUUAGUGAAGGUAAGAGUGAAAUUGGCAGGCAGGUAGGUUCAGCCGCUGAGAUGUUGUGGGCAUCGUGUGGGUCUGACGUGGGGAAUCGGAGCUAAGCUACUGACGAGCCUCUUCGUGUCCAAGUCCUCAUGGUCUCCAGCUGUGAAGAAUCAUCCCAGUGAGGUUCCUCCACAGGCUCGCCUUCCUACGACAGAGGCCAUCUUACAGGCAUCGGGGUUAUGAUCACCUGUUUAUGCUAUUUUAUGUCUUUAGUCUUCUUGAAGGAAGUAAAUUAAAGUGAUUUGCUUGGACUGAAAGUGCAUGGAUACAUGUGUUGUGUUGGGCGCAGAAGAACUACUUUUGAAGUUUCCUGAAUGUCUCAUGGCAAUGUUUACAACUUUCUAACAUAUGUGAUAGUUAUUUAAGAUAAGCUGAGUGUUUACACACAGGGUUACACGUGAGCUGAAAAAACUGGAUUGGAGUUUCAUUGUAGCAUUGCUGAUAAAUGUGUCAAUCUUAUAUUUAUGGUCUAAAUAGAAAAAAAAUGUCUGAAUCAGGUGAGAAUAGACUAAGAUGGUAGUUCUCCAUCUCUCUUUGAACUACUACCAACCUAAGAAAGAAUGCUAAAUUACCUCCAUUUCCAUGACAUCAAUUAUCUCAAAUGCAUUGCCGCCCUUUAAGGUUGCAGUUGAAUAGGCUUCACAGUUGCCAUUUGAUAGAAGUGACCUAGAUGUCAUUGUUCUCAAUAAACCUUGAUAUAGUUUCUUUAAUUUUCCAGAGCACAUCAAGUAGUCAUUGGACAUGUAUUAAAACAAUGUAUUAGUACUGGAAUAUUGGUAUCAAACUGUAUUCGUGUUUUAUUUGUAUGCCUAUUAAAAUGCUAAGACUGAAAAGCUAAGAUUAAUUACAGCAGGCAGCUGAUUUUCUCUGGGGAUGAAAACUACAGCAUCGCUGCACAAACCCUCAGGGUGUUUCACCAUGUUCACCAUUGUUACCAUAUUGCUCUGCAUAAUAUUAUAUUUUACAACUUGACAAUGUUAAAUAUUUAAUUUCACUCUGUGAAGCACACAAUGGCAAGAACUGUUCUAAGGUUGGGUGGUGAAUACCUAAUUCAAUACUGAAUAAAAUGGAUUAAUUUAAA